AAAGGCAAACGAGCUCUUUCCUACAAUAGAUUAAAUUUCCCCUCUUCCCUCUUCAUCAAUUGAUACAAAUUAAAUACAUGCAAUUCUAUUUUCUCCCACACGAAAUUUUCAAUUGCGAAGAUGAACUUGUUAUAUCCAAUAUGCCAUCCUUUCCUCUUUCUCUACCAAGUAUGGCAAUUCUUCCUUGCCAAACUUCUUUCUCCCUCUCCUCCUGUUGAUGGUCAAAAGCUUGGACGACCAAAAAUCGCCAUUAUUGGUGCUGGAUUAACUGGUGUUUCUGCUGCUUCUCAUUGUGUGGGUCAUGGAUUUGAUGUGCAAAUCUUCGAGGCUGGUCCUAGGAGUCAAUUGGGUGGCAUCUGGAGUGUAUGUUUAGUCUUUAUCUCUUUUAGACUUUCCCUUCUUUUCCCUUCUCUUCCUUAUAUUGAGAAUGCUGGCUUCUACAGGCAAAUAGACACAUCAUAGAUGCUAACAUAAUGUAUUAAAAGAGAGUCAAUAGUACAUCUGGUCUACAAAUUCAUUCCUUGAUGUACCGAUUUCAUCCCUCCGUUCAAUGGCGAGGUGGCUAUCCAAAUAAACAACAGAUCGUAUCUCAAAUCACUGAGCUUUGGAAGCGAUACGGUCUGGAAGAGAAAACAAAGUUCGAUACCAAAGUCGAGAAAGUGUAUCAAGACGACAAAGGACGAUGGAUAAUCAAUAACACGUCAGAAGGACGAUUCGAAGGUAUCAUCGCAGCGGUGGGCACCUGUGGAGAUGCAAAAAUACCACAUAUUCCAGGCAUGGACAAAUUCAAGGGUGAGAUAUAUCAUUCUAGUGACCUCACCGGUAAAGACGCAAAGGGGAAGAAAAUCAUUAUCAUUGGAGGUGGUGCAAGUGCAGUUGAAGCAUUAGAAUUUGCGACCCAUGAGGAAGCAGCUGAGACCACAAUUUUGGCCAGGAGUGAUAAAUGGAUUAUCCCUCGAAAUGCUGUCGUGGACAUGCUACUCGCAUUAAAUAUAUUCGGACAAGAAACAUUCUUGAGUUGGAUACCGGAAACUCUUCUCAGAAAACUCUUUUACAGAGACCUGGAAGAUCUAGCUCCUAUUGACAAAGGAUUAUUUACUGGUACACCCAUGGUCAAUUCAGACGUUAUGGAUAAAAUCCGUGAAGGAAAAGCCGAAUGGUUACGAGGCGACAUUAAAGGAUUCACCGAAGAUGGUAUUAAGUUCAAUCUUCGUGCAAAAGGUGUUCCGCCAGGUGGCCCUGGACAAUCAAAACUCGUAAAGGGCGAUAUCGUCGUAAUGGCUACAGGAUUCGACCGUCCAUCUCUCGACUUCCUUCCAUCAGAUACUUUUCAAGAUCCUUACUCGCCGCCGAACUGGUAUCUUCAAACCUUUCCUCCCUCACAUCCAUCCAUCUGCUGUAACAAUUGCACAUACGUCAAUGCCAUUGGUGCGGUAGGCAAUUGGCAUAUCGGAAUCUACACACGUAUUCUUCUCAUGUUUCUAUCUGAUCCCCUAACCAGACCUAGACCUUUCUGGAUGGAGCGCUGGAUCGAUAUGACACGAUUCCUUAAGAGAUUCAGUCCAACGGGCGCGUUUGAUUUCUUUACAUAUCUCGAGCUGGUAUGGUGGUUCACUUUUUGCAUCGCAAUCAAUCCAUUUAGAUGGAAGUGGGCUCUCUUUGUGUUCUCGGGUAUCGGAAGAGGAUUGCCGAAGAAGGUUGUAGAGGCGGAGGAUUCCUUGAGGGGAACGUUAGGAUGGAGAAAUGGACAUGGGGAGAAUCAUGAUCAAGGUAAGAGCCUUUAAGGUAGGGAGGAGGAGAUGGCUAUUUAUUUAGAGACCCUGGCGCGUUAAGGUUAAGGGGUAAUCUUGGGCAUCAAGAUGGGAACGUGAUUGGAGGUUUUGGCACAAGAUGAUAAUGAUAGUUACGGCUAACACAUAUUGGGUCGGUAAUUUCGGACGGCUGGCUGUUAUUUACAAUGGAGGAACAAGUACUAGGUAACAUACGAUUAAAAUGGAGAACAAACUAAAAACAAAAGUGUAAACAAAAAUUAAGAAUCAAAAAGGAAUUCCAAGAGGAAUAAAAAAUCUGUUGCACAUCUGAAGUUCUUGGCCAUGCUAAUUAUUAGUUGCUAGAUCCCGCAUUGAGUUCGCUCGCUAAGACGGACGGUCUAAGGGCCAA